AUGAUGCAAUGCCAUGUAUUGUGCAAGCCAGUUACUACCUUGAUUAUAGUUAACUUAGCUCUUGCUUUUGUCAAUUUACUUCUUAAAAUGGUUCUCAAUGAAGGAAUGGACUACAUGUCAAUUGUAACAUAUCGACAAGCAAUUUCAUUCAUCUUCAUGACACCUAUUGCAUGGUUCUAUGAAGGGAAACACAAACUGGAGGCUCACAUAAUAUGUCUCCUUUUUCUAUCUGCUCUUGUCGGAGUAACACUUCCCCAAUACCUGUUUCUUCUUGGACUUGAGUAUACAUCUGCUACAUUCUCAUGUGCAUUCCUCAACAUGGUGCCUGUAUUUACAUUCAUCAUGUCACUUCCAUUUGGGAUAGAGAAGGUGAACUUGAAAAGCAAGAGUGGUAAAGCCAAAACCUUGGGAGCUAUUGUGUGCAUUGGUGGAGUUUUGGUAUUAGCCCUUUAUAAAGGAAUUCCCUUAAACAACUCACAAUCUCAACACCUAGAAAAUAGAUAUACAAGUGUGUCACCAAGUGCGAAGUUGGAGAAAUGGAUUAUAGGUUCAAUACUUCUGACUGCAGGUUGCCUUUUGUGGUCUUCAUGGUUUGUCAUACAAGCAAAGAUUAGCAAAAAGUAUCCAUAUCAAUACUCUAGCACUGCUAUUUUGUCACUUUUUGCUACUAUUCAAUCAACAAUAUUAACUUUGGUCAUCAAGGGAAACAAUGCCUCAUGGAUCCUCAAAGGAAAGCUAGAAAUAGUGUGUGUAAUAUAUUCUGGAAUGGUAGGAUCAGGCUUGUGCUAUGUGGCAAUGUCAUGGUGUGUCAAACAAAGGGGUCCAGUUUUUACGGCAGCAUUUACCCCUCUUUUACAAAUAUUUGUAGCUGUUCUCGAUUUCUCAAUACUAAAGGAGGAAAUAUACUUGGGAAGUAUUGCAGGAUCUGCCUUGGUUAUUGUUGGCAUGUAUAUUCUUUUAUGGGGAAAAAGUAUUGAGCAAGAGCAAUGUGUCAUGAAGGAUACACAAGGAAAUCAAGAUGUAGAAUGUCAAUGAUAAUUCCACCAAUCACAACAUGAAUGAACAAUUGAUGUACUAUACUCUGCAACAUGAGUGUAAACUCUUCGUUUAAUUUUUAUAUUUCUACAAAAAAAAAACUGCUGUACAAAAGUUGUUUCACAAAAGAAUGUGGAAUGGUAUAACUGUAUAAGGUAUUUUGAAUAUUUUCAUUUCAAAAGCAUAAUGGACAGCCCUCGAUAAUACUAGUAUGAUUUUAAUUUUAAUUUACUACAAUCAAUACCAUAUGUAGAUUCUAUCAAAUUAGAUAGGCAUCUCCAACAGAACUAAAGACAUCAACAUCAGAUUUGUGAUGCAAGGAUAUAUAUAGAGGCACCUAACAAUAUUUGCUAGUCAUAGUUAAUUCUCCUAGCAAUACCUUUCUGAGUUUUCUGGUAUGAAAGGCCAGGGAUCAAAUCAAUGGAUGCCUAUUAGUUUCAACUAAGAUAUUUUCUACCACAUUUGAAUAAUAAGAACCAUUGUUUCAAUUGAUGCCCAUCAGUUUGGAGUAGGAAAGAGGCUAAUCUCCUUUGAUGUAAAUUCUUAAUUUCAAA